CACGAUGUUCUGUCUGAAAAACAAAACAUGAAGUCAAACAAGCUCUAAAUCCCUUGUAAUGGAAGACAAGAAAGCAAAAAUACUCGCUACCGCAACCAUCUUAGCCCUCAUCAUAGUCAUCAUCGCCGCACGAGUUUAUCUAAAACUCUCCAAAACCUUCCACCUCAUCGCCGGCGUCGACAUCUCCUUGAUCCUCGCCGUGAUCUGUUUCCUCGUAAUCCGAAACCGUUACAACAGAGAGAGGAAAAACCUCGAGUCAAGAUACAUCUCAGAAGGCAGAGAGCUAAGAAUCGAGUACAGUUUCCUCCGAAAAGUCGCCGGAGUCCCAACGAAGUUCAAGCUCGACGAUCUUGAAGAAGCCACCGACGGGUUCAGACUCCAGAUCGGGAAAGGAGGAUCAGGUUCCGUGUUCAAAGGAGUUUUGAAAGAUGGAAGUCAAGUAGCUGUGAAGAGAAUCGAAGGAGAAGAGAAAGGAGAAAAAGAGUUUAGGUCAGAAGUAGCUGCUAUAGCUUCCGUGCAGCACAAGAAUCUAGUCCGGCUUUACGGUUAUUCAUCUGUGAAUCGUUACAGAUUCUUAGUCUAUGAUUAUAUACCGAACUCGUCUCUCGAUGUGUGGAUAUUUCCGGACAGAGGAGGAAGCAGAAAACUCAGAGGAUGUUUGACUUGGGACCAAAGGUACCAAGUUGCAAUAGAUGUAGCCAAAGCCCUAUCUUAUCUUCACAAUGAUUGUAGGUCAAAGAUCUUGCAUCUUGACGUUAAGCCAGAGAAUAUUCUCCUCGAUGAGAAUUAUAGAGCGGUGGUAACGGACUUUGGACUCUCUAAGCUUGUUGCUCGAGAUGAGAGCCGAGUUGUGACGGAGAUACGUGGCACGUGCGGGUAUCUAGCUCCAGAGUGGAUUCUAGAACACGGCAUCUCUGAGAAGUCUGAUGUUUACAGUUAUGGGAUCGUGUUGCUAGAGAUGAUCGGAGGAAGGAGGAGUAUAUCGAGGGUAGAGAACAAGAAGAGCAAGAAGAAGAAGUUGGAGUAUUUUCCGAGGAUUGUGAUCAAGAAGAUGAGAGAGAGGAGAGUGAUGGAGAUUGUGGAUCAACGGUUGAUAGAAGCUAAGGAUGUUGAUGAUGAAGGGAAAGUGAUGAAGUUGGUUUGUGUGGCGCUUUGGUGUAUACAGGAGAAGGCUAAGAAUAGGCCUGAUAUGGCUAUGGUGGUUGAGAUGCUUGAAGGGAGAGUUCCUGUGAAUGAGCCUCCAGAUUGUAAACUUGUUGUGGUCGAUCUUUUGGGAGCUGAUGAUGAUGAUGUUGGUGAAGUAACUACGGGUGUAAGAAGAGUUGUGGAGAUACCAAAAUUGCAUAUUCAGAAAGGAAGGCAUUUUCGUUUCCCGUCUGUUUGCUCUACUAUCAUUUCUCCAGUUUCUCCACGUUAGAGCUUUGGUUUGUUUCUUCGUUUGAUAUGUUAAUAAUAAGCACAACAAGACAUGCAUACUCUCUGGCUCAUAUUUGGUUUUGUUUUAAUUUAAAAACUUAGACUGC